GUUUGGCACGAAAUGUAUCGAGUCAGCUUUUUCGAUAAGUUUCUGUGAGGAUUCGUCAACAGAAGAGUUAUGACAUGGUCACGACCUGCGAUAUCAACGAGGUCAAGCAGGCAGCCGAGGUCCGGCCGCAUCAAUACUACGGGGCCCACCAGCACCGCCAGUGGUUCCAACCCGUUCCUUGGGCCGCUAGAACCAGCAGCCGUCACCAACACCAGGAGCACUGGGAAUACACAAGAUGGUGAAACCAAAGUUGGAAAAAACGAAACAUCGCAAACACGACCCAUUUCUACCAACUUUGACUAAAAUCUUCACAAUGGCUCAGUGGUUCGGUAUACCGUCAUAUGGGAAUAAGAUAUCUCAUGUUUGGGCUGUUGUGGCACUCUUGAUGCUGAUAGCCAUUGAAGGUACCGCGCUUUGGAAGCUCGCCAAGAAUCUUAGUACAAUGGAUGCGGAUGACGAGAGUAUAACCGCUCGGGUGGCCGGGAGUAUAUUUUACGGCAACGGUCUUCUAUCUCUAAUCCUAUCUUGGUUCUUCAUAUCCUCUUGGAAACGGAUCUCUUUCUUUUGGUCCAAAGCAGAAGUCACUGACGGUGCUUAUUUAAGUCAAGAUAGAAGAAUACAUGGGAGAGUUGUUUUUAUUACUUGGCUUGUUGCCUUAGUCGCAUGCGGGGAACACAUACUCAGCAUGAUUUCAGCAACUGGUUUCGAUAUACCGCCUUUGAAAUAUUUCGAGAGAUACAUUCUAAGCUCACACGGAUUUAUUAUAACGAACGAAAGUUACACGCUUUGGACGGCAAUUCCUAUAUUUUUAUUGAGUUUGAUUGCAACAAUUCUGUGGAACUUUCAAGAUCUUAUUAUCAUAUUGAUAAGCGUGGGCCUUACUUCUAGAUAUCGCAGGCUGAAUUUGUAUGUUAACCGCGUCGUGAAUUUUGAGAGACGCAAUAAGGACGUGGAAAAGGUUGAGUUUGAGAAAUACCUACGUUGUGAACAAUGGCGUCGCAUCAGAGAGGCGUACGUGCGCCAGGCGGCGCUAGUGAGAAUGGUGGACGCCAAAAUUGGCCCUCUCAUACUGCUGUCCAACAUUAACAACUUCUACUUCAUUUGCCUGCAACUAUUCCUUGGGAUCAAUAAGAGUCAAGGAUCCGCCGCGAGCGUGGUUUAUUACCUAAUAUCUCUGGCUUGGCUGAUAUUCCGCGCUUGCGGGGUGGUGCUCACGGCGGCCGACAUACAAUUCCAUUCCAAGCGAGCGUUGACAUACAUCAAUGCAUGUCCUGCGCCCGGAUACAAUAUUGAAGUGAGAUAAUAUAGAAAUUCUUACUUUCGCUCGAUAUCCGUCUUUGCUGAAAAACAUUUCAAAUCUUUUUUAAUACAGUUGCUCAAAUAGUGAUGUAUUGCAGGGAUGUAUAGCGUUCGGGAUGUGGGCUAUUACAUACUCGAGCUUUUUCUUUACCUUUUCCGAACUCGUGCGUUCUCU